UCGCUCCAGCACAGAAAGCUCAGACCCGCGAUACUAGGGAGAGCCGAGCCGACGUAAAACCGCAAUCCCGCCCCAUCGUGCGGGCAUAGCAGCGGAGCGCCAACCUAGCGUGAGCAGCCGCAUUGGUUAGAUCGGAGGCUUCUCGCAGUACGAAACAAUCUAAGUACAAAUCGCGCAUAUAUUACGACCACCAUUAGCAACCGCUCGGGAAACUCGGAGGCGCCGAAGAUUGUUCCUUUUCCAAUGCGCAUUCGCUACUCCGCCAGAUCCGCCCCCGUUACUGAAAUCAGCGCGGCGCCGCAGGUGGGCGUAGACAUCCGCGACCUCCUGGCGAAACUGGGUUUCCUCUGAAACCGUUGUUGUUUUUAAAACAAAUAAGUGGUCCCUAGUUAUUCGACAUAGAACAAGUGGGAGGGGGGCGGUGCGAGGGAGUGAGUGACGAUAUUGCUGAGAAAUGGGCGACGCGGGUGAGGAUAGGACAAGGCGAGAACCAGAGGGACGGUGCGGGUGAGAAACGGACAGCGCCAGUGAGGGUAAGGAGGGAUGAGGCAAGAUCAAGGGGGAUGGCGCACGAGAGGAAGGGCCGAAAAUGGGAGAGGGACGACGGUAGAGAGUGAGGAACUGCGCCAGAGAGGGGGAAGACGAAGGCAAGAGAGGGACGACUCGAGUGGCGUGGAUGAAAGAGGGACACGAACGGGAGAGGGACGACACGGGAGAGAGGAUGUUAGCCCCACAUUCUAGCCAUCCAAGCGAGGCGCCACUCGCGAAUGCAGUUGGGUGCAUGCGAACCGAGCACUGCGCGCCUAAGCAGUAAACUCGCCCUGGGUAGCCAUGCGCCUAGGCUGCUCACACACUAAGUGCUCAGGCAGCAUGCCUAUGGGUUCCCAGGGCAAGCCUCAUGUCCCCCGUAUAUAUGCUUAUGCGCCUCUUCUUACACGCCCCAGUUCCCCCUUUUUCUUGCCUCUUCUCCCCCUCUUACUCGUCGCAGUUCCUCCCCUCUUCCUCGUCCCAGUUCCCCCUCUUACUCUCCCCAUAUCCCCCUCUUACUCGCCCCAGUUCCCCCUCUAACUUGCCUUAGAUUCCCCCUCUUACUCUCCCCAAUUCCCCCUCUUACUAUCCCCAGCUCCCCCUCUUACUCUCCCCAGUUCCCCCUCUUACUCGACUCAGCUCCCCCUAUUACUCUCCCCAAUUCCCCCUCUUACUCGCCUCAGCUUCCCCUUCUUACACGCCCCAAUUCCCCCUCUUACUCUCCCCAGUUUCCCCUCCUACUUGCCUCACCCCCCCCUUUUACUCUCCCCAAUUCCCCCUCUUACUCUCUCCCGGUUCCCCCUCUUACCCGCCUCAGCUUUCCCCUCUUAAUCAUCCCAGUUCCUGCUCCAACUCGCCUCAGCUUCCCCCUCUUACUCUCCCCAGUUCCCCCUCAUUCUCGCCUCAGCUCCCCCUCUUACUCUCCCCAAUUCCCCCUCUUACUCUCCCCAUUUCCCCUUCGUAGUCUCCCCAGUUCCCCCUCUUAUUCAUCGCAGUUCCCCCUCUUUCUUGCCCAAGUUCCCCCUCUCACUCUCCCCAGUUCCCCCUCCUACUCUUCCCAUUUCCCCCUCUUACUCUCGCCAGUUUCCCCUCUUCCUUGUAUCUUCCACUCUCACAUGCGUCAACUCUCCCCCGAUGACUGCCUCCGCUUCCCCCCAACCUCCCUCAGCUACCCCUCAUACUUCCCUCUUCUUCCCUCUCGCUCUUACGUGCCCUGGCUACCCCCUCUUACUUGCCACUGCUAGUUCCAUCAUACUGUUGCCACCCAUUGUCCACAGCUCCCCCUCCCAUUGCCCUCUACUACCCCUCCCACAUGCUGGUUUCCCGGUUUCACAUGCCACCGCUGCUCCUCCCACAUCCUGGUGGGCAAUUUGUACCUGAUUCUUUGUGAGAGGUGGGGGUUGCACAUGCAGGUUUGGGGCUUCCAUCGGCAGAUUCUCAUGCAGGGGGCGUAAGGUUUACCAUGAUGCUGAGUUUUUGCCAAAACUGUGGGCAGGGCACAUGAUUGUCAACCGGCCUGAAGGGCGCUUCAACCCAAGGCGGCCAUCAGCAAACACUAACCUCUAGCUGGCUGGCUUCUGCAGCCAUACGUCCACGGGUUGCUACACCCUCAUGUGUUGCAUCGGCCGCCGGCUCAGGACCCAAAGUCUGUAGGGUAUGGACGCACAAGUGUAGCCAGUUAGAGUUGGUAGUGGCAACGUCAUUGCUUGCCCUGCCCCACCAGGUAUUGGAGUCUGAAUAUGGCCAUUACAUGCAAUGAAGUUACCCCUACGUAUGCACCGUUCGGUAAUUGCCUUCAAAGUGCCUUAGUGGGGAUUUUUGUGAGAGAGAGAGGGAGAGAGAGAGAGAGAGAGAGAGAGAGAGAGAGAGAGAGAGAGAGAGAGAGAGGUAGUGUGAGAGAGAGAGAGAGAAAACGAGAGAGAGAGAGAGGGAGAGAGAGAGAGAGAGAGAGAGAGAGAGAGAGAGAGAGAGAGAGAGAGAGAGAGAGAGAGAGAGAGAGAGAGAGAGAGAGAGAGAAGAGAAACAGAGAGAGAACGAGAGAAAAAGAAAGAGGUAGAGAGAGAGAGAGGUAGGGUGAGAGAGAGAGAGAGAG